AUAUCCCCUGUUAUCUUUCUCCCCAAGUAGUUAAGCUAGGGUUUAUAUGUCCCUGUGUUCUUGAACAAACUAACAGAUUUUAUUUUAUCACUCAAAUUAUCAUUAAUGGAUCCUUCAGCUUUAAGCUCUCCUGACAUGCAGCAUUUUAUCAAUCAAGAAAAAGAGAAGGCCAUGCUAAACGAAAUGGUGGCAAAGCUUACAAAUGUUUGUUGGGACAAGUGUGUUACUGGUACUCCUGGAAGCAAGUUCAGCUCUAGUGAAUCAAGCUGCCUUUCCAACUGUGGCCAGCGUUACAUGGAUAUGAGUAUCUUAAUUAUGAAGCGCUUUCAGUCCAUGCAAUAAAGAUGGGAAAGCAGAAAAUUUUCGAGUUCCAAAUUUCUCGGCUUUAAAAAUUUUCUUUAAUAUAAUGAUAGACCAUUUGCUUUCGAGCUGGUUAUAUAUGGGAAAAAGUUACUAUCUUGAUAAUCAGAGGCUUUUUUACUUGGC